AUGUCCCCCGAAUACCCCGCGUUGCGAUUUCGUAGCAUGUUCGUGGAGGACAACCAAUUCGAGCCAUCUCUAAGCUUCGACCUUCUCCCCACCGUUUCAUCUCAAUCUAUCUCUGUUCCAUCAACCGUUCAGUACCAAAAUCUAUUUCCCAAACUCAAGCACCUACCCCCAAAGCCCAAAGCCAGCCCUAGGUCAUCAACUCUCUAUCUCCAGCCCGCUUUGUUGGGCGACUGUCAUCUAAAACAACUUAAACCCAUAUAUACUGUUCUAUCAAACCGGAUGAAUUCCGAGGAGUUCUGGGGAAUGCACGUGCAGAACUUAGGUGGCACUACCACAAACCCGCAACACACAUACAAAUGGCCCCCUUACCCCCAGUCGCCCGAGGUCACUACCAGUGCAGCUCUACAAGAAUACGAUGACCGUGAAAAGUUCCGGAGAAAGUUUGCCAUUGCCGCCUUGAAAGCUGGGGUACCGGUGCCUGGCCAUCUCUCCCCAGAGGGCAGGUACGAAGACGUCAUGAUGAUGCCAGAUACCGGAUGCAUCUCCGGACAUUUUGAUAAUGGGGCCAUGAUUGAUACGGAGAGCAUCAGCAUGGCCGGUGGGUACUUUUCGAACCCGUACUUCUCGCAAACAGCGGAGAUCCAUAGUCUACCAUCGAUGCCUGCUGCGCGGCAGAGGUGGCGAUGCUCGGUGGAGGGUUGCACGAAAAAGUUCAAGUCGAAGCAGGCUUUGAAAUACCAUAAUGAAACUGGGCACGGUAAAAACGACCGGGAAUGUUCUGGCUGCGGGAAGGUUUGCAAGGGCGAUAAAAAUCACAGGAAGCAUGUUGCAAAAGGACUCGAUGGAAUAUCAGGAUUAGGGCAAGCUCUUUUCUUGGUUUCCUCAAUCAUCUUUUAG